CUCUCUUCCCUUACCCGUUGCGCGCGUAGUAUCUUCUUUGCGAGUUUCCGGCCACCACAUUCUUUUGAUCAACAACUUUCCCACCCCUUCCACUCUUUUAACUUAGACUUAUUCGUAAAGUUUAAGAUCAGCAAACAACGAUCCAGUUGAUUAUCAUAAUCGUUAUUCAACGUCCGCUCUUUAUACCGAAUUUACAGCUAUAACUACCUGUAAACCUAUACCAAGUCCGUCAUAAUGGCCGUCCGAACCGCCGAGGUAGCCGCCCCUGCCGUCACCACCGCACCGACCGGCACUCCCGUGCCCGUCGCGACGGUGGCACUCACGACGACCUUCACGCCGCCCGCAGAAUGUACCGAGAACCACUUGACCAUGUUGGUCGGCGCCCUCGAGAAGAUCUGGAUUAACGAGCCCGUACCUCUGCCCAACUCGACCCUCUCAGCCUGCCAUCCCACGCAAUGGGUUAACGGCUACUCAUCCGCCCUAUCCGCCUCCAGCUCCAUCGCACCCUUCAUGAGCCCUCUCGUUUGCCCGAGCGGAUACAGCACAGAGAGCAGCACCUGGUCAAGCGGAUACAUUGCCUGCUGCGCUUCCGGCUUCACCUUCGCUGCACCCGCCAAGACCGCCGACGCCGAUCGCCCGGCUUACGGCGGCACUUGCUACAGCAACUUUGACCUGAGCCAGACCGCCACCGUCACCGUCUACAACCCCGAGGAACUCUCCACCACCAUCGCCUGGGUCGCGACAACAACGCCCGCACAAGCCUACGCUCACCCCAUCGACGGUAUCGCAGCAGACUACACACCGGGCGCCUCCACCUCAGGCUCAUCCGGAUCAACAAAGACCAACUCCGCCGGCGUGGCUGUCGAGACGGACGAGAACGCGGCGCCUAAAUUGGGAGGCAACUCAAGGGCAGCAUUCAUUGUUGGAUUCUUGCUCGCGAGUGUGAUGAUGUGGUAGAUUCCCCCCAACUUGCCAAUUCAGGCUGCCGGUUGUAAUCAGCGACUACAACCAUUAUGUUACGACUUAAGAUUCUGCUUCUUCAACUACCGGAUUAUCGAGGGAAAACGGCACUUCGCCAGGUCAU